GGCUGUCUUUGGACCUGUGAAAGACGCCAUUUUGUCGUUAGCGGAGAAGGGGAGUUAGGAGAAUAAUCCAGAAACCGCAUCCAGAAGAUCAGCCAAGAUGGGGAACGUGUUUGCAGGCCUGUUCAAGAACCUGUUUGGGAAGAAGGAGAUGAGAAUUCUCAUGGUGGGGCUCGAUGCCGCUGGAAAGACCACCAUCCUUUACAAACUCAAGCUGGGAGAAAUAGUCACCACCAUUCCCACUAUUGGCUUUAAUGUAGAAACAGUGGAAUACAAGAACAUCAGUUUCACGGUGUGGGACGUGGGUGGUCAGGAUAAGAUCCGGCCCCUCUGGAGACACUACUUCCAGAACACACAGGGUUUGAUCUUCGUGGUGGACAGUAACGACAGGGAGCGAGUCAACGAGGCAAGGGAGGAGCUGACACGCAUGCUGGCUGAGGAUGAACUCAGAGACGCUGUGCUGCUAGUCUUCGCUAACAAACAGGACCUUCCCAACGCUAUGAACGCGGCGGAGAUCACAGACAAGCUGGGCCUGCACUCCCUGCGCCACCGCAACUGGUACAUCCAGGCCACCUGCGCCACCAGCGGCGACGGCCUGUACGAGGGCCUGGACUGGCUCUCCAACCAGCUCAAGAACGCCAAAUGAUCCAUUCCUCCCUCGGCGUUAAACGUGUCUGCGUGCGUGGCGUGCAUGUGUGUAUUUGAUUGAAUGGAAUGGCCUGAGUGUGAGCGAGUGUGCGUGUGUGAGUUGGUGCGUGCCUGGGCGUGUGUGUGUGUGUGUGUGUGUGUGUGUGUGUGUGUGUGUCUCUCUGUGCAAGCAAUGAGCGUGGCAGCAUCGGCUGGAGCUCGUCUUAGUUUCCCCAGGUCUUCAUCAUAGUCCUUCUCCUCAUUGUUGAUUUUGGCUCACUCUGACUGCAGAGGUCCCGACCGAUGCUGCCUGUCCCCCCUCCUCCCACGCCUCCUUGAGUGUGUGUGUGUGUGUGUGCGUAGGUGUGGGCAUUGGUGUGUGUUGGGGUUGUGCGCAAGUGUGUGUCUUGUUUUGUGUAUGUACAUGUGUGUAUCACUGAGCUGAGAGUAUGAGUAUGGCCCUGUUGUGCCUUUCAUCUACAAAAAAAGCAACACCUCCCCUCCCUGCCCCCCACCUGCUGUCAGUCAGUCAGUCUGUCUCUGCUUGUCUCUCCAGAAGCAGCCAGCCAGCCAGCCAGCCAGUUCAACCAGAGAUUCUUUAAGUAUAGAGAUAUGCCAACAUAAUAGGUUUCUAUGGGCACCUAACAUGACCAGGUUCCGGUCUGCCUAGAGGGCCGUGUCAUAAUGCUCCUAGCAAUGAAUAGAACAGUCCUCAGGUCUGCCUAGGUCUGCCUAAAGGGGGAUUUCCCCCCCAAUAAUAGAACCCGGAAACAAUGGGCCAUUGGAACCUCUCUCUCUCUACUCUCUCUGGUUCAACCCUCCCCACCUGGCAGGGCAGGGCAGGGCAGGGCAGUGCAGCAGUGGGCCUAGCCUAGACUCUAGAGUGCAGCUCCACCUGCCUUCUAGUUCACUACGCAGAACAGAGCAGAGCAGCCCAGACAGUCUGAUUGAAGGUGGGCUCGUGUGACUGUGACCCAGGCAAGCUUGCUGCCUCACCUGUCAGCUGUGUUCAGUCUCGGCUGGGUUAUUUACUCCAGCUGAGUGGCCUAUGCGAGCAGGGGGCAAGCAGGCAGGUAAAGUGGGAAGGCAGCAGUCAGCUCAGCACAUUUUACUCUCUCUCUCUCUCUCUUUUGCAUUUGGUUCCUCUACGACCAUGGAACACUACCUGACCAACUGUUAAUCUUAGGUUUUAGUCUUUGUUUUUGUUUUGUUUUUUGUUGGAUUUUUUUUUCUGCUGCCCUUGUCUGAGGCUGAGGAUGGUGUCGUGUGUGCAUGUUGUCGGUGUGUGUGGAGAGGAGGUUACUGUGGUGCCUCACGCAUCGUGUCUCUUGUCAAGUGCUGAAGAUUGUGUCUGACGGCGCCCCUGUGUAAAGGGUAAAGGUGACGCGCACAAGUUUGUCUAUUUGUUGGCUGCGGUGAUGGGUUGUGAACCGCCCCUCACAUUUUAGAGCAUUUGGUAUCUGAGGGGGAAAAGAGGAAUGAUCGACUUAACUCAUUUGUCCUCAGCUGCUCUUGAUGGUUUGAGUUGGGCUAGACGAGCUGAAUUGUAGUUCCAGACAUCCCAUCACUUUAAUGUGAGUGAGGUCUUGGUAGUGCUGAUUGCUUACGGGGGGCAUUGGGGAGGCGAGUGGGCAGGCACAGGGCUACUCUCAACCUUCUGCUCUGCCGCGUCAUUCCUUUGGGAGAGGUGAAACUCACUCACGCUGUAGCUCACACCUGAACCUCUCAUCAGGGCCUUUUCAUUGUUUUCAAAAGGAAAAAAAUGUUUUUGUUUUUUUCUUUGUGAAUGAGUCCUGCUUGAUUAAUGAAUUCAAAAGUGUGUUGAUUUCUCGUUUGGCCUUCUUGUUUGGCGUCGUUCCCGUGCUGUAGUCCCAGGUGCUCAGGCCAGAAGGGGUAGUGUUGGUGGUCUCCCCCUCGCGCUUCGCUUCUCUUCUCUUCCCUGCUCUGCUGUGAGAAGCUUAUUGUCUCUCACAGCUUUACCAGCUAGUAGUCUUGCUUACAUGCACAUAAUGUGCUUUUAAGGCUGCAGGUCAGGACGUUUGUUCCGGAGGAGUGAAGGCUGGCUUUUGUUUUUUCCCCUCCUGGUUCGCCUGUUGCACGCAUACACACAAAUGCAUACACGUGUAUACACAAGCACACGCGCGCUCACACGUACAUGCCAGCUUCAGGGUGAUUGGACGGUCGGCUCAGCUCAGUGUUGCAUUCUCUCCAUAAUUCUCUCCCUCGCUCUCCUUUUAUAGUUUUUUUUGUUUUAUUCCAUCUCUGUCAGGUGGCUAACCUUUUCCCCUCCCUGCCCCUCCCCAAGCCAUUAUCAUAGUUACAGACACCAGCAGUGCGCCUUGGUCCCCCUUCUCUCGCGCACUCUCUGCCCAGGGCUUCCCAUCCACUCAUUUAACUGACACAGAGAUUCAUUCUUUCUCUCCUUUUUUCUUUCUGCCUUUCUCUCUCUCUCUCUCUCUCUCUCUUUCUCUCUCUCUCUCUCUCUCUCUCUCUCUCUCUCUCUCUCUCUCUCUCUCUCUCUCUCUCUCUCUCGACUCAUUUUAUUCCAAAGCCUCCUGCGAAUGUCACAAAGAGACACUGUAAGAGCCCUCCCCUUCUCAUGUUCUCAUUGAGCCUAAGGUCACAAGCCCAACACUGACCUCUUACAAGGGAAGCGGUCACCUCUCACCUUUUUUAUAUAUUCGUGCAACUGGACAACAGCAGUUCAUGUUUGUGAAUAUUUUUUUUCUUUCCUUUUCUCUGUAUUUUGCAAGAAGCACCGAUUGCAGCGAGUUUCAGUGUCUUUUGGCCUUUAUUACUUUGAUCAUCUAUGUAGAUAUAUACACCUACUGUAGUGCAAAAAAAAAUUGAGCAUUCAUUGACCUGGAUGGCGAGCUGCAGCAUAAAUGGCGAGUCAUUGACCUGUAUAUGAACUUGAGUAUCAAAACUGUAUUUUAGCAAGCUGAUAUACUUUAGCUACCCGUGUUCAGUUGUGAAGCUUUCAUUUUGAGAAUUUUCUGUUGAAACAACACAAGAAGGUGUGCAUAAUGUUUUUUUUUCCUUUUUUCUUAAAAUGGUUUCAUGUUUUUAGCUUUUUUAACCCAUCUUGUAACAUCUGAGAAAUGCACUAUAAUAAAGAGAUCUAUUACAAAUACA